AUGAGCGCGACCGAGACGAUUACUGCUCCGCCAGAGAUCACGGCCGAGAAUGUGGCCACCAUCUUCCCCGAGGUCGACACUUCGCUCGCCCGCGACAUCCUUCCCACCGCUGGUGGCCGCGCUGCGUCCCAGGGCACCGAACUCGAGGGGUACGAUGAAGAGCAGGUUCGUCUAAUGGAAGAGGUGUGCAUUGUCCUGGACAAUAAUGAUAAGCCCAUUGGUAGUGGCAGCAAAAAGCUCUGCCACCUGAUGACCAACAUUGACAAGGGACUCUUGCACCGCGCGUUUUCCGUUUUCCUGUUCGAUUCCAAUAAGCGCCUCCUGCUCCAGCAGCGCGCCAGCGAGAAAAUCACCUUCCCUGACAUGUGGACCAACACUUGCUGCUCCCACCCUUUGGGAAUCCCCGGCGAGACUGGUUCAGAACUCGAUGCCGCCAUUCUGGGUGUGAAGCGCGCGGCGCAACGGAAAUUGAAUCACGAGCUGGGAAUCAAGGCCGAGCAGGUUCCUAUUGAGAAAUUCGAGUUCUUCACCAGGAUUCACUACAAGGCUCCGAGUGAUGGAAUGUGGGGAGAGCACGAAGUGGACUAUAUUCUCUUCAUCCAGGCAGAUGUCGACCUCGAGCCAAACCCCAAUGAAGUCCGCGAUACUGCCUACGUCUCGGCAGACGAGCUCAAGGCCAUGUUCCAGCAGCCGGGACUCAAGUUCACUCCUUGGUUCAAGUUGAUUUGCAACUCAAUGCUGUUCGAAUGGUGGAGCCACUUGGGCACUCCGGCGUUGGAGAAAUAUAAGGGGGAGACCGAAAUCCGCCGGAUGUAA